AUUAGUUAGUUCUUGUACCUCCGCCAAAAUGAAAGCUGUUCUUGUCUUAGCCCUUUUCGUGGCGUGCGCCAGCGCAUCAUCCAUCAUACAAUUCAAACCCAGUCUGCCUACUGGACGUGUCAUUAAGGGUGUAGAUGCCGUCGAACAUGCUGCUCCAUACAUUGUGUCGUUGAGCACGAAAGCAACGUCCCACUCUCACAUCUGCGGCGGUACCAUCAUCGCUAAGGAUUGGAUCGUUACUGCUGCUCACUGCAUUUCAAGCCCCGUUGGUAUGGGUGUUAUUGCUGGUCUACAUGUACGUGCCGAAGUUAACGAGAAGACCCAAUCGCGUGUGGUUGAUUUUGGUUUGAAGCACGCCGACUUUGCCGGUGGCGUUGGCCCUUACGACAUUGCCCUGUUGCACGUGUCGGAACCCUUCGUGUACAAUGAAUGGGUACAGCCUGCUAUUUUGCCACAACGCGAAGAAAUUCAUUCCGGCGAGGCUAAACUUUAUGGCUGGGGUCAAGUAAAGGCUUUCAACUUUGCCGCCGCCAAGGUAUUGCAAACCGUUACAACUCAACUCAUUGAGUAUAACGAAUGCGAGGAAACACUCGGUGAGGGUACACCCCUUCGAGCAUCUAAUGUUUGCACAGACUCACUGCAACAGGGUAUUUCCGCAUGCAAUGGCGAUUCUGGCGGCCCUCUGGUACAGGAACAUGAAGGCGUAGCAUCUGAACUUGUCGGCAUUGUCUCCUGGGGAUACAUUCCUUGCGGUUAUGGUAACAAACCAUCAAUCUAUACUCGCGUUUCUGCUUACAUCGAUUGGAUUGCGCAAGUCCAAAGUGCCUACUACACAUUGAACUAACUCUUUAUAUUAUAAUAAAGUAAACGUUUGAAACCAAAA